AUGGCCGCAAUCCAUCAUUCUUCUUGUGGUCUUCUGACUCUGUGGGCGCUCAUGCUGGCCUUGUUUGCGAUUGCUUUUGCGGUCCCGGACUUUCACCAUGAGUGGCCUCAACUCGUCGACUCCGAGAAGCUCGCCAGUCAAAAUGGGACACCCCUCGAUCAAAGAGACUCGGGUGCUUUGUGCAAGACUUACGUUACCCAGGCUGGCGAGACGUGUGACGCCAUUGCAAAGGCAAAUGGAAUAUCAACCGCUCAGCUUGCUAGCUUCAAUGCUCGCUCUUGGCGCUUCAGUUGCGCUUUGCUACCCCAGGGUGCCACUAUCUGCAUCGGUCCUGGGGAACCUCCCAUGCCGACGGCAAAAGGUGAUGCAGUCUGUGGCCCUUUGGUACCCGGGGCCAUGCGUCCUCAUAACUGGUCCGACCUUGCAUCGAUCAACCCAUGUCCUGCAGACCAAUGUUGUACGAUUGAUGGCUAUUGUGUGUCACCAACGGGCGACAAAUGCACUCCCAAUGACAAAACCUGCCUGUCAAAUUGCCAACUAGUCGCCAAACCCACUGCAAAGCCUACCAUGAAGGAGAAAACAACCACCACAAAGCCGGUGACCAAAGAGAAAACAACCAUGACCAGGGUUCCCAUCACCACCGCACCAGCAAUCACCACGGCGCCAGCGAUCACAAAGCCAGCGACGACUUCAACGACCAAGAACGUCGAAGUUGCGACGACCACCACGAUUGAUGGACCUGCGUGGACUCUUGUUGCCUACACUGGCACUGUGUGUGAUCAAGACUACUACGUGAUCUCAGGUCACAAGGAUCUCAACUCCAAAUGUAUUGAUCUUCCCGGUGAUUACUAUACUGGACUUGACGAGCGACCUGGCGUUUAUUGCAAAUAUUUCACCGAUGGUGGGUUCAGCUCAGGCUCUUGCGUCAAGGGGCCACCGUAUUCCAUCUAUUCAUGGUCGCUCAAGGGGGGUGUCUGCACAGCAUCUGAUACACCGUGCAACGAGGAUGGAGGCCGGGCUUUCGUGAUCAACCCUGAAGAUGGAUGUCAGGUUGACUACAUGGCAAAGCACGUCGAGUUGCAUUGGCGCUCUAUUCGAUGCAUGCUGAAGUGA